AUGAAGGAAAUUUUGAAUUGGAGAAAUAAAAAAGUUAGGGCAUCGGAAUCUACCAGCUAUGUGACGGUGAACACGGAUCGGCAGAGUGCCGCUCCGAGCUUCGGAGCUGACCGGAGUGAGAUCUUGUGUGUGGCAAAAGGAGAGAGUGAGAGUGUGCUUGAAGUUCGACCUCCUGCAUUAACUUCCAUCUCCGAACCACUUUCUUUUUUUGAUGGAACCACGAGGUUGUACAUUUGCUACAUAUGCCCUUAUGCACAGCGUGCAUGGAUAGCUAGGAACUGUAAGGGACUGCAAGACAAGAUCAAAUUGGUUCCUAUUGACCUUAAAAAUAGGCCUUCUUGGUAUAAGGAGAAAGUUUACCGUCCAAAUAAGGUACCAUCCUUGGAGCACAAUGGCAAGGUUUUGGGAGAAAGUCUUGAUUUGAUCAGAUAUAUAGAUGCCAACUUUGAAGGGCCUGCUCUAUUUCCCAGGGAUCCUACCAAGAGAGAAUACGGUGGGCUGGUGAUCUCCCAUGUUAAUACAUUCACCGGUGGCAUAUACUCUUCACUCAAAGGAGAUACUGUUCAACAAACCAGUGAUGCUUUUGAUUACGUGGAGAAUGCCCUUGGCAAAUUUGAUGAUGGACCAUUCUUCCUGGGCCAAUUUAGUUUGGUGGAUAUUGCCUAUGUUUCGUCUCUUGAAAGGUUCCAAAUUAUUUUCUCUGAAAUUUUUAAGCACGACAUCACGGAAGGAAGGCCCAAUCUUGCCAAAUGGAUUGAGGAGGCAAAUAAGAUUGAUGGUUAUAAGCAGACAAAAGUUGACAGGGAUGAAUAUUUAGAAGCCUUCAAGAAAAAAAUUUUGGUAAAAUAA